AUGAACUCCGACAACACGCCCAUGCAAGGCGUCGUGUUUCAGGAAUUGUCCAAGGAUGAACUCAUCACGCUCCUUGACAACAAGCUCGACGAGAAACUUGCCCCUAUCAAUGAUUCUCUCAAAGCUAUCAAACUCGAACUAGAGAGCCUUUCCCAAAGGCCCAGUCUGAACUCGGAAAUGCGACGAACUAGGAUGGACAAGGAGCAAGGUUUCAGAGAGCUGUAA